AUGGAAAAUAUCGGUUCCACGAGUACCAUUGAACCAGUCGGGCCUGGAGUUGUCCUCAAACAGCCAAUUACCUUCCAGACCCCAGGACUUGCCGAAAAGGUCGAUCUCUGCUUUUCCGUGGAACCACUCAUUCUCCAAAAGCUCGGACAACAUCCACGAAUUGUAAAAUAUCUUGGUCAACAAGGCCGCGGCCUACUGCUCGGGCAAGCGAGCCACAGCAAUCUUCAGGCCUAUAUCGACAGUGCUCCCUCGAUUGACCUACGCCAACGGAUAAUAUGGUGUCGACAAUUAGCCGAAGCAAUCUGCUAUAUACAUAGUCGCGGUGUGGUCCACUCCGAUCUUCGUCCUAGGAACGUGCUUGUACACGAAACCACAGCAGGAUCUCGGGAUCUACUGCUUUGCGACUUUGGCGGAUCUACAUGUGAUGAACUAGGUCUAGAUGGAGGCUGCCUCCCUGAUGGCCCAUUCUACCACCCUUCCUUUGGAUCAAACUCGACGCCCGCUCUGGAUAUAUUUGGACUCGGUUCUCUCUACUACACCAUCAUGACAGGGCAUUGGCCUUACCGAUCAACCUCAGGUGCCCCCGAAACAAUCGAUGAGAAAAUUGCCUACGAAGAGGAAAUUGCCAGGGCUUUCAAUGACGGAAGAUAUCCUGAUGUGACGAGAAUAUUAGGAGGCAGAGUGAUCCUGGCAUGUUGGACAAAGCAGUACUCGACGGCAGACGAGGUUCUGCGCGCUUUGGACAGAGAACUACGUAUCCCUGUUACUGUUGAAAGCGCACAGGAAAACGGACACGUCUCCAAACUUUUUCUGGGCGGAAUACUCAUUACUGCCCUGGUAUCCUCGAUGUAUAUGCUUGUCCGCCGACAGUUUCGGUGA